GACACAAUUAUUGAAGUAGUUUUGCAGGAGAGCGUUGAGAUGUUGCAUUGCCCUCUGGUGGGUAGGAAAGGCACAUGUAGUGACCUCACCAUCUCGCAAACAUGUCAAGUGACAUUGUCAAGUGUGAAUUGAGUUAAUUUAUUUGUAUUAUCAAAAUGACUGAACUACCUAUUCCUAUAUGCUUUAUAUUUAUUUGCUACAUUUUAUAUUUUGCUCUGCUGUUCAUUCUGUAUGUUGGUAUUUGUAAGAUUUCACAUUUUCUGCACUGUAAAAAAAAUUGUCAGGGAACAUAAAAAUAUGCUUAAUGUGCAACAUCUAAAUUAACUGGUUUAAUUUCAUUUAAAAAAUGUAUUUAGAGUAAUCUGGCUAAAUUUACCUGGCAAAUAUAGGUUACAAAAAGCAAAGCAAUUUUAUGGGUUAGAUCAAACAGAAAUAGAUCCUUGAGGUAACAAUUGCAGGUUACCACUUUUUCAGUGCACUGCAUAUAAGCUGUGCUUCAUAUUGUAAUACCAAAAUUAACUGGUUGAAUCACUGAACAUCACUUAAUCAACCUGGAUACAUUAAGUUGCACCAACAACAUUUUUAGGGUUAGAUCAAUUAGAAAUGACUCAUUAAGGUAAAAAAUGCAGAUUAUUACUUUUACAGUUAAAAUAAUUGUAUAAUAAUUAUCAUAAAAUUUUAAAAUAAAAAGAAGUUUAAAAGCUCUUUGAAUAAGUAUAUUGCAUUUUCUUUCUGUACCAAUAUAUAAUUAAUUUUCUCUACAAUAUGUUUUACUAAAGCGUGUGCUAAAUUAUAUAUUAUGUAAAUAUCUCUCAAAUUAUACAAUCAACUAUAUGACAAAUGGCUGAAGAUCAUGCUACACUUUAAGCCAAGUAUGCAGCUGAGCAUAGAGUAUGGCAUUAAACUUGUUAUAUUAUGUGUUAUAUGAUGAAAUGCUGCUAAUUAUGACCUACAAUAGUUAUUUUUCUUCCUUUAAAGUGGUUUCUGAUGGUCUGGUGCAAUACAAUAUGUUAGUCAUAAUGUGGCAUCUCAGAAACACCCUAAAACACUGUUUUUAAACAGUAUACAUAGAAUGUCCAUUUUUCUACAUCCUCAUCCAACACAGUGUAUCAUAAUAUAUAUGAAUAUUUAAAAAUAACAUUUUUGAUUAUGAACUAUUAAUAUUAUAUUCUAUUUUAUUAUAACAUAUCUAGUAAAUGGCGCAUACAUAAUUUCUAAAAGUGCUAAUUAUAUAACUAAAAUAUCCCACCCCUCACUACCACGGAUGUCAUCUGCAUGACAGUUAUGACAAUUAAAAUAGUCUUUGAUGAAAUGUAAAAUACCAAACCAAUGAUGAGGACGGCUAUGUGGCCUAACAGCUCAUCUAGACAUUUCUUACGUGUCAGUGUCUUAUUCAAGCUAACGCGUCAAACAUCUUUAACGUGGAAAGCACCACACCUUGCUCACUUAGCCUACUGCAACAAAUGUCUGAGUGGAAAUUGAGGUCAUAAUGAGUUUCACAAUAAACUGAUCUAAACUACUGUUGCAUGGAAUCUUCUUCAGCUAAUUUGGAGCGAGCCCCAAGGUUUAGUUUCCAUGUGAAUGCACAUUAUGGACUAGUCAUACAGAGUGGAAUAGACCUUAUGUAAAAGUACUUAUGUUUACAAAUGUUGUUAACUCUAUGUUUUUUAAUGUUACCCAUAUUUUAGCAUUAUGUGUACUUUUCUGUGAGACUUUUUUACAUCCUCAUUCGUUGUCCAUUUCCCUUCUCCUCUGAAUUUGUGAGCACUCAUAUUCAAAAUGGAAUAGUUACUGCAAAAGGCAUGGGCAGCAUAAACAACCAGCAGAAAUUAAGAAAAUGUAUGUUUUAUCCAGAAGGGUAAAACUGUUAAAUCACUAAUUAAAUUAACUUUAUAUAAAUAUGUUCUGUAUUUUAAUCUCCUGGACAAUAUAGAGAGACCCGAGGCAUCUUUGGUAACAAUUUUACUCCCCUUUCAGUUGGACGUGCCACUGUGUUGCUAUGAAACCCUAAAGAAGGUCAUUAGUGAAUAUAUAAUGAAUGAAUGAAUGAAUGAAUGUGGGUGCUGUUUGUGUUAUUAAGUAUGAAAUGCUGUGAGUGCAUUAUGUGGAAUGUUAUUGUGAGCAUGUUUAUUUGCACAUGUCCAAAAUGUAUAAAAACCCUGUAAUGCAUGUGGACUUCAGUGAAAGAUUGUAAGAUGUCCUACUCUACUCUGCUCUCUUUAGCCCUUGGCAUCCUGAGCAGCUUGAUGCUGAGGGAGGUUACUGCUCUCAAAUUACCCCUUACAGGUGACAGAGAUCCUAAUAGAUUUACAUGGGGGGAGUUUCCAGUGAACCCUCAAGAGAUUCCACAGAGCCUAGAGAUCGAGGACUUUACUCUUGAUGUAGCCCCAACCAGUGGUCGUGUGAGCUCACCCACCAUCCUUCGACUUCAUCCGAUAACUGCAAAACCAGCACAGCACCUGCACGCCAAUCUACCACUUCGCUUCGGACGGGAUACGCAGACGGGUGCAGGUGACCGCGCGCCCAAGUCCACCAUCAACCUCCCUCAGCGGUUCGGCCGGUCCUGCACUAUGUGUGCGCGCUCAGGGACCGGACCCUCAGCAACCCUACCGCAAAGGUUCGGGAGGAGGAAUGUAUUCACUGUAAACCCCUUUCGUGCCUUGACUUUGUACACACGGACACCUGAAGCACCAUUCCCAAAAGAAAGGACUCAAGUCCACGACUACCUGCUUGAAACAGAAGACUCAGAAGAAACUUCAAAGAGCACAGAAUACACGGCUCUUGACUAAUGGAGCCCAGCGGUUGAUGGGAGAUGUUUUGUUUGUUGUCAUAAAUUGAUGUGUGCAUCUGUACUUGCCUGCUUGUAAAUGGAUUGAAUAAAGUAUGAAUUAACCUCAUAUGCCUCCUGAUUGCUGACUGAGCGAGGGGGUCUUAGCGUGUGUGUCUACCAGCACCAUGGA